CUUUCCUGCCACAAAAAAAUAAAGAACCCAUCAUGUAAUAGUAGCAGUAUCGAUCAAUAAGCCAAUAGAAAAGCAGAGCAGCAGACCGAGUGCCCAACAAAAAUGGCGGCAGAGGCGUUGAUGAGAAUGUCAUCGUCGUCGUCAUCAAUUGGCUAUCAUCAGUUAUUCAGCAGCUUGCACGGUACUUCCAGGAGGCCAUUACCUUCCACCUCCCCCUCCCAAUCAACACGACGUCGUAAUGGAGUCGCACCACGCUCUCCUUUCCUCGGAAUUGCCUCCACCCCCGCAAAGUUGCCUCAUCCCAAGCACCCGAGAAGGAAUCUCUCUGUCUUCGCCAUGGCUGCCGCAGCAGCAGAAGAGAAGAGGAAAGUGCCGCUGAGGGACUACCGGAACAUCGGAAUAAUGGCGCACAUAGACGCCGGGAAGACGACGACGACGGAGCGCAUCCUGUACUACACCGGCCGGAACUACAAAAUCGGGGAGGUGCACGAGGGCACCGCCACCAUGGACUGGAUGGAGCAGGAGCAAGAGAGAGGGAUCACCAUCACCUCCGCCGCCACCACCACCUUCUGGAACAAGCACCGGAUCAACAUCAUCGACACUCCCGGCCACGUCGAUUUCACCCUCGAAGUCGAGCGCGCCCUCCGAGUUCUCGACGGCGCCAUUUGCCUCUUCGACAGCGUCGCCGGCGUCGAGCCCCAGUCCGAAACCGUCUGGCGCCAGGCCGACAAGUACGGCGUCCCCCGCAUCUGUUUCGUCAACAAAAUGGACCGUCUCGGCGCUAACUUCUUCCGUACACGCGACAUGAUCGUCACUAACCUCGGCGCCAAGCCUCUCGUCCUCCAAAUCCCCAUCGGCGCAGAGGACACUUUUACAGGACUCGUCGACCUAGUCACAAUGCAGGCCGUCAUUUGGACAGGGGAGGAGCUCGGAGCCAAAUUCAAGUACGAGGAUAUCCCCACCGAUCUCCGAGGCCUAGCCGAGGAGUACCGGGCCAACAUGAUCGAGACCAUAGUCGAGCUCGACGAUGCAGCCAUGGAGAGCUACCUGGAAGGAGAGGAGCCUGAUGAGGCCACCAUCAAGAGGUUGAUCAGGCAGGGGACUAUCUCCGGCUGCUUCGUCCCUGUUUUAUGCGGCUCAGCUUUUAAGAACAAAGGGGUCCAGCCAUUGCUCGACGCUGUUGUCGAUUACCUCCCCUCUCCGAUCGAAUUGCCUCCAAUGAAAGGAACUGAUCCCGACGACCCGGAGGUGGUGAUCGAGAGGAGCCCCACCGAUGAUGAGCCCUUUGCCGGACUGGCAUUCAAGAUCAUGAAUGAUCCUUUUGUUGGUUCUCUUACAUUUGUGCGUGUGUACGCUGGGAAGCUCGAAGCCGGCUCUUAUGUGAUGAAUUCGAACAAAGGGAAGAAGGAAAGGAUAGGACGGCUGCUAGAAAUGCACGCCAACAGCCGAGAGGAUAUUAAGUUGGCUCUAACGGGAGACAUUAUAGCUCUUGCAGGGCUAAAGGACACAAUCACAGGAGAAACACUCUGUGAUGCUGAGAACCCCAUUGUUCUCGACCGGAUGGACUUCCCGGAUCCGGUUAUUAAGGUCGCGAUCGAGCCAAAGACUAAGGCUGAUGUUGAUAAGAUGGCCGUUGGCUUGUACAAGCUGGCGCAGGAAGAUCCAUCUUUCCAUUUCUCGCGGGACGAAGAGAUCAACCAAACAGUCAUUGAAGGAAUGGGAGAAUUGCACCUUGAAAUCAUCGUUGAUCGACUCAAGAGAGAGUUUAAGGUUGAAGCCAAUGUGGGAGCGCCCCAAGUGAACUACCGGGAGAGCAUUUCCAAGGUGACAGAAGUGAAGUACAUUCACAAGAAGCAAUCCGGCGGGGCGGGGCAGUUUGCCGAUGUCACCAUUCGGUUCGAGCCGUUGGAGCACGGGGGCGGGUAUGAGUUCAAGAGCGAGAUCAAGGGAGGCGCUGUGCCGAGGGAAUACAUCCCGGGAGUUAUGAAAGGGCUGGAAGAGAGCAUGAGCAACGGCGUGCUGGCAGGGUACCCGGUGGUCGACGUUCGUGCAGUGUUGGUGGAUGGUUCUUACCACGACGUCGACUCUAGUGUCCUGGCAUUCCAAUUGGCCGCGAAAGGAGCUUUCAGGGAUGGCAUCAGGAAAGCCGGACCACAGAUGCUUGAACCCAUUAUGAAGGUCGAAGUUGUCACGCCGGAGGAGCAUUUGGGCGACGUCAUCGGCGAUCUCAACUCGAGGAGAGGACAGAUCAACAACUUUGGAGAUAAACCCGGUGGACUGAAGGUGGUGGAUGCCCUGGUGCCUUUGGCCGAGAUGUUUCAGUAUGUUAGCACUCUUCGAGGUAUGACCAAAGGGCGUGCUUCCUACACAAUGCAGUUAGCCAAAUUCGAUGUUGUCCCACAACAUAUUCAGAACCAACUGGCCACCAAGGAGGAAGCUGUGGCAUCUUGAGACAUCAGUUUUGUUUCGUUGAAUUAUAUAGCAAAGUGUAGCCAAAAUAUCAUCAAGACGAGAUGGUAGAUGGAAAUCUUUUGUUAUUAAUUUGAAACAAAGGAAGGACAUAAAAGAGACCGAUAGAAUUA